AUGCCUGUCAUUAAUACCAAGAAAGACCUAGCAGCUCUGUUCAAAGACCAAGUGGAGGUUAGUCCUGAUGCUAUAGCCCUUGAGGACGACACUACAACCUACACAUAUGCCGAGCUAGACCACAAGGUUGAGGCUUUGAGCCAGCAACUUCGACAAUAUGGAGUCAGCAGAGACAGCCUUGUUGGUGUCCUACUUGGUCGCAGUGCUGAGUAUGUAAUUGCAUGCCUGGCAGCUCUUCGUGCUGGAGGAGCAUUCCUUGUCCUCGAGCUCGCCUAUCCUCCUGACCUCCUGGCCGAUGUCAUCGAUGAUGCCAGCCCAGUCGUCGUUGUAACUCAUACAUCUGAAGUCGGCAAGAUCAAAUCAGGUGUACCACUGAUCACACUUGACAAAGAGACCGCCAACACCAACGGUCAUGCCAAAGAGGCUGCUCCACUCCCAGCUGAAACUGACUUGGAUCGCCUUGCUUUCGUCGCCUAUUCUUCAGGCACUACCGGCAAACCGAAAGGAAUCGCUAAUCCACACAGAGCACCUGUCCUCUCAUACGAUCUCAGAUUUCAAUUCCAGGAUGUUCAGCCAGGCGAUCGAGUGGCCUGCAAUGUCUUCUUCGUCUGGGAGAUACUACGCCCGCUUCUGCGAGGGGCCACUGUUGUCACGGUGCCCGAUGAAACCAGCUAUGACCCAGUUGCCCUUGUUGACCUCCUCGCCUCGAAAAAGAUUACAGAGACACUAAUGACACCAACUCUUCUGGCUACCGUUCUUUCCCGACAUCCCGAUCUCGGACAACGCCUUCCUGAUCUCCGCACGUUGUGGUUGAACGGUGAAGUGGUCACCGCCGACCUUGGUCGCCGGGCUAUCAAAGCUCUUCCACAAGUACGAUUGCUCAAUUGCUAUAGUGCUUGCGAAACUCACGAAAUAGCUUGUGGCGAUAUUGGUCAGAUGCUUGAAGACAAGGCUGUCUACUGCCCUGUUGGUCCUCCAGUCGAUCCCAAGCACAUCUAUGUGCUAGAUCAAAACGGCAACAGGGUGGAACCUGGCACAACGGGUGAGCUAUUCGUUGGUGGAGCUCUGCUCGCUCGUGGCUACCUCAACCGCCCCGAGACUACUGCUAAAGCAUUUAUUCGCAACCCAUACGAUUCCGCUUCUGGUGCUUUGAUGUAUCGCACUGGCGACGAAGCCAGGUUGUUGCCGUCAGGCAGCCUCGAAAUCACAGGCCGUGUCGGUGCUAUGAUCAAACUUCGUGGCUACUCGGUAGUGCCUGGAAAGGUCGAGAACGCCAUCGUUGAGAACUUGGCAGUCAGACAGUGCGCAGUAGUCGCACAUGGUGAGGGUCUUGAACGCCAGUUGGUAGCCUAUAUUGUGCGAGACAAGGAAAACGCCGGUAAACGUCCUCAGAUCGAGAUCGGCGAAUCUGGACACAGUCCCUCAGCUCGAAAGACGUUGUCAUCAUACCUUGCACAGUACAUGCUUCCUGCCCUCUGGGUCGAGCUUGAUGAGUUGCCGACACAUGAAGUUUCUGGUAAGGCAGAUCUCAAGCGUCUGCCUCCGCCGCCUACAGCCAAGUCACAGGUCAAUGGCAUCAAGACGGAGCAAGAUCCGAUCAGCAGUGACGCAAUAGCUGAAGUGUGGGCCGCUACUUUGCACACGUCGAGAGACAACAUCACGGCAGAGCACAAUUUUUUUGACCUUGGCGGACACUCUCUGUCACUUGCUGAGUUGGCCUCUAGACUGUCUCGAGCUUUUGGCUUUCGUGUCCCGGUAGCUCGUCUGGCCGAUCCUCCAACCCUGAAUGGACAUCUUGAAACAGUACGAUCUGUAAGGGAUGGACACACUGCAGCAGUACAAGCCGAUCUUCCUGGAGUGUUGAGGAAAGACUCGAUCCUAGAUGAUGAGAUCAAACCUCCUUCUCAAGCAAAGCCGUGCUCGCUGAACGAAGCUAAGACAGUCCUUCUUACUGGUGCGACUGGCUUUCUUGGCGCAUUUCUUCUCAACGAUCUGCUUGUACGCACAUCGGCGCAUAUCCUUUGCCUCGUGCGUUGCAACGAGCCCUCAGAGGCGGAAGUUCCUGCUGGGGUGGCAAGAAUACGAAGAAAUCUGAUUGACCACAGUUUGUGGCAUGACUCCAUCAUGGAGCGAGUCGAGAUUGUGCCAGGUAAUUUGUCUCGGAAAAGAUUCGGACUUUCACCUGAAGCCUUCGAGAAGCUCGGAGCCAGGACAGACGUUAUCGUGCAUGCUGCCGCUACUGUCAAUCUGGUCUACCCUUAUGCCGCACUACGUAGCGCCAACGUGGGCGGCACGAAAGAGAUUCUACGACUUGCAGCCUUGAAGGGUGCCACUGUCCAACACAUCUCGACAAAUGGUGUGUUACCGCCUUCUCAAGGUGGUUGGCCUGAGGAAGCAAUGCUCGGCGUCGAUCACGUUCCAGAUAAGCUUCAAGAUGGUUAUGGCCAGACCAAGUGGGUGGCCGAGCAACUUGUGGUCGAGGCAGGCAGACGAGGACUACCAGUCAGGAUCAUUCGUGCUGGCACGAUCAGUGGUCACAGUUCGACAGGUGCGGCGAACGCUUGGGACCUUCUCAAUGCACUCAUAGUAGAGUCUAUCCAUCUAGGUCGCUAUCCACAGGUCGAGGGCUGGCGUGCUGAGAUGACCCCUGUCGACUUUGUGAGCAAAGCUAUCAUCCACCUCGCGAACCAAACACAUGCGGAGCAACUUGUCUUUCAUGUUGGAGAUCCAGAUCCAGUUGACAUCAAAGUGGUCUUCGAACAUCUCAGUGACCUUGGCUAUCCAGCGGAACCAAUUCAGUUCGACGAUUGGGUAGCACUAUGGAAUGAGAAGCGAAGUUCUGUGAAAGGUGGUGACGGCGCUUUCACUGUGGACAUUCUGCGCAGUGGUAUGCCAAGUGUUGGCUUCCUGAAAGGUAUUGUCGUCCUGAACAACACAUCAACGAGACCGUUCCGAGCAGUGGUCGAAAGGCCGAAAGUCGAUAGUGUUCUGCUGGAGACUUACACUCGGCAUUGGUAUGCAAGAGGAUGGCUCACUCACCCACCGUCACAGCAACAAUCGCUUGGAGGCUCGGCUGCUCUUCCUCGCUACGGACCACUGAGUGGUAGAGUGGCUGUCAUUACUGGAGCUUCAUCUGGUAUCGGUGCAGCAGUAGCUGCUGCUUUGGCAAAGGCCGGCGUGCAUCUAGCUCUUGCAGCUCGACGUACUGAUGCACUAGAGGCUAUCAAGCGCAGGCUGGUAAUCCGUGAAGGUAAAGUCAUUAUUCGCAAGACAGACGUAACAGACCGCAAGCAAGUGGAAGCUCUUAUGAGAGAUGCUGAACACGAACUCGGCCCCGUUGAUAUCCUCGUCUCAUGCGCUGGAGUCAUGUACUUCACGAUGAUGGCCAACUCUCAUGUCGAAGAAUGGGAUCGGACUGUGGACGUCAAUUGCAAGGGUUUACUGCACUGUCUCUCUUCCACCGUUCCAGGCAUGCUCAAGCGUGGCAGUGGUCAUAUUGUCGCCAUUUCUUCCGAUGCAGGUCGAAAGGUCUUUCCUGGUCUUGGUGUCUACUCGGCAAGCAAGUUCUUUGUCGAAGCUACCUUGCAAAGCUUGAGACUCGAAACAGCUGGUACUGGAUUGAGAGUGACAAGUGUGCAGCCUGGAAACACGGCAACCGAUCUGCUGAGUAUGUCUAGCGAUGCAGAGGCUAUCAAGAAAUAUGGCGAACCAUCUGGGGCAAAGAUCUUGGAUCCAGAUGAUGUUGCGGCGUCCAUUGUUUAUGCGUUGAAACAGCCACAGCAUGUGGCUGUGAACGAGAUUUUGAUUGAGCCUAGAGAUGAGCCGAUAUAG